AUGCCACUCUGUGCGAGUUCCCCCAAGACGAUUCAAAGAAAAAUUGUCAUCCUAGGAGAUGGUGCUUGUGGAAAGACUUCGCUAUUGAAUGUUUUCACAAGGGGGUAUUUCCCUCAGGUUUAUGAACCGACUGUGUUUGAAAACUAUGUGCAUGACAUAUUCAUUGAUGGGCAAUCAGUUCAAUUGUCACUAUGGGAUACGGCAGGACAAGAAGAGUUUGAUCGAUUACGGUCCCUUUCGUAUUCAGAUACCCAUUGCAUAAUGUUGUGUUUUUCAGUUGAUUCUCCAGACUCACUCGAGAACGUACAAUCAAAAUGGGUUGGAGAAAUUGCCGAUCACUGUGAAGGAGUCAAGCUUGUUUUGGUUGCAUUGAAAUGUGACUUGAGGAAUGAUGAGGACGUCGAUAAUCUGAAUCAACAGUUUAGUCAAAGCAAUCCUUACUCGCCACAAAAGAGGCUUAUCAGUUAUGACCAAGGGUUAGCAGUAGCGAAAAGGAUCAAUGCCUCCAGGUACUUGGAAUGUUCUGCUAAAAAGAACAGAGGGGUUAACGAAGCAUUUUCAGAGGCUGCGAGAGUUGCAUUAAAUGCUAAACCAAAGGGUGCUAAUGACGAUAUACAAGAUAAAAAAAGUUGCGUAGUAAUGUAA